CCGGAGCCGCGUGGAUGUCACGUACGGCCGGAAGCGGUCGCAAAUUUGAACAGCCAUCACAGCAACAAUAAACGCGCACUUUCACUUUACGGUGCACACCAACAGAAGUAGUCCACGCUGAAGCCGGCAGUAUGGAAGAAGAAAUUAAAGAACAAGGAGAUCCUGUGAGCAAUGAAAGGCAGGCCAGUGCAGGCAGUCCAGUGAAGAGGGGAAGAGGGAGGCCGCAAGGCUCCAAGAAGCUGAACGUUUCCAACAGCGAGUCCACACAACCACAGAGGGGAAGAGGGCGUCCGAAACUCCCUGGCACAAAACAGACAGAGCAGCGGGGCUCAGGAGACGACCAUGCUGACAAUUUGGUCCAAAUUCACAGGGGUCGAGGCCGGCCCAGAGGGUCCAAGAGUCAGGCCAGCGAUGAAGACAGGACAGAGCAUUCUCCUAAGAAAAGAGGCAGGCCACGGAAGUCUGUAACAGAUGAGGAGGCUCCUGCUGAGGACUUACCGAACGGUGGCUCAGAUACGCCAAAAAGGGGACGCCCAAAAGAAUCGGUAAAGCGCAAGUCAGAGAGUUUAACAAGUGGGGAAGAUGAUGAAGGCAGCUCUGUAACGCCCAGGAAAAGAGGUCGACCGAAGGGCUCGCUUAAUAAGAAAUCAAGGCUGGAGAGCGAGCUUGGCAUUGUGGGGAUCUUAGAUCUAAAUGAGAGCCUAAACUCGGAGAGAAGAGGACGACUCAGGAAAGUGGUGGUGAAUAACACCUCGGCAGAUAUGUCAAAUGGCAUUUCAAAUACGCCUCAGAGAGGAAGGGGAAGGCCAAGAAAAAGUAUUGAACAAAAUAAACUGGGCACAGAUGGCUCCCAGCCUGUAAAGAGGGGGCGAGGCCGGCCUAAAGGGUCUUUAAACAAGAAACCUCCAGCAUAUAAGGUCCAUGGUAGAGUGGGCCGGCCUCGGAAAGUACACAUCCUGCCUGUGAGUGGAAGAAAACGUGGUCAACCGCGACAAAAGCCACCAAACAAAAGGGGGAGGCCGAGGAAGUACCCCUUGCCAUCGCCUGAGGAGAAGAAAAAGCCAAAAGUGUGGAAGCCACUGGGAAGACCGAGGAAAUACCCUCGUGUGGAUCCCCCAGAGGGAUCUCUGCCCCCCCCUCGCAGAGCCCGUGGUCGGCCUCGCAAGUCAGAAUCUAAGAAAGGCGCUCAUUUACGCAAGAGUCUGCCUGCCGCUCCAUUCACACCGCAAAACCCCAUCGAUGAACCUGCGAGAAAAAGGGGCCGUCCUCCAAGUACUGCAAAAAGCCAUGGCGACGUUCCGCGGAAAAGGGGUCGCCCUAAAGGUUCGGUCAACAAAAAUAAAUCGAGAAGCGAAACCUUCCCCAACCACUCGAAAGCGUUGAGCGGUUCGUCUGCGGUUAGGAUGGAAAGUGAAGCGGAGCUGGCAGAGGAGGAGAUGGAGCACAACACGGAGACGCCGGCCAUCGAGCACGCAAGCGACGAGGAAGCAACUCUGAUUGAUCAGGAUGUAAACUUCGAUGUUAGCAGCCAGGCUUGAUGAACGAUCCUGGUGUGACCAAAAAGAAAAGUUGCUGUAGUAAUUGCUGUUUAAAACAUAGAAUCCAUUCAUAUCGACAAAAACAUGUUUUUAACAUUUUGCCAUCAGCUAGGCUAGAUAUCCAGCAGCUCCUCUGUUUUUCUGACUAACGUGUCCAUCUUGUUUUUAUCGUGCUACUUUUUUUUUCUUCAAUACCUUUAUUUCCGUCAUCCAAGUAAACAAAAGUACUAAUAAUCUUUUACUAAAGCCGACAUGUGGAAGUGAUUCUUAUAGACCGAUUGUUCCAGUUUACAUUCAGCUUUCAGAUGUAGUGUUAUUUUGUUUUGUUGUUACUGUAAGAAGGACGCCUGGGGAAUAACUUAGAGGCAGGAUGAAAGUCCAAAUAAAUGUUAGGACGAUGAAAGGGAGGAGAAGAAGAACUAUAAACAGCUUUUGUACAACAAUGCAGUCUCUCAUUAAGCCUUUCAUCCUAAAGAAAAGAAAUGUUUUCAAGGGAUAUGCUUUCCAUAUUUAUGCCAUAAACUGACACAAAAAUGCAGAGCUAAGCGUGCUCGCUCACACCUCCUACACUGAUACUGCUCUGCUGUCCAAGUCCCACAAAUGACUGACCAAGUGUGAUUGUAAGACGGGCAGAUUUCAGUUUGUUUCCCCAAAUCUCAUUUAACUGGAUAAAUGUAUGCAGUAAGAUCAAUAUAAAUCUGAUAACAGUGAGCUAUUUGCCAAACAUUUUAAACUUAUUUAUAUACAUAUUUUUCCCCCUAUUGUGUGCUUGAAGUUGCUGUGACGGAUAUUUUUGUAAAAAGCAGUUUGAAGAUGUGAAAACAGAAAUGUUUAUUGGUGAAAAAUCACCUGAAUCUGCAGCCGUACUCGACUUAUAAAGUCUUGCAUUUAACCGAUGUUGUUAACUUUGGCCCAGUCUCACUGCCUGCACCAACGUUAGCAACUAACUUAAUGCAAAGAUGGGUGACAAAUUAAAGACGAGACCCACACAAAGGGUGAUGGGACCAGUAGACUCAAAACCAGUAGGUCCUGGGUUUGAUUCCAUCAUCUGGCUGGGUUUACAUGUUCUCCCAGAGUACUCGUGUUUCUUCCCACAGUCCAAACUGAGUCUUUUGUCCACAUACAAAAGGCGUGUCAGCUCCCUGAAAACAGGUUUUAAAAAACCUUCCGGGUAAAUUUUCAUGACUUCAUGUGGAAAACAUUUUUUUUCUUGCAAAUUCAAAGGUGUUGCACCCUUAUCACCUGUUUUUUUUAUUAUUAUUAUUUUUUGUGCUCCAUGUUGUUAUUUGCUCAGGCUGGUUAUUAGCCAACAUUUCCAUACGUUUGUGGUUGUAUUUACACCUGUGGGGAUGUUGUUAGCAGAUUAUACAACAAUCUUUUAAAGGGUCUGCACUUAAUUUCUGCUCAAGGUCAGCGUGUCAUUUCACGCUCAUCUGUGAGCUACUGUGUCAUGAUGGUUUUAAACGAUGCUCGUGUGGAUGGGAUUUUAAAAAGAACCCGGAAAAUUCCUGGUUUAAAAAAGUAUCCGAGUACCUCUGGACAUAGCAAUAGCGCACACCUGUGAAAACACUUGUUUCUGCACUUUAUUUGGGUUUUUUUUCCUUUAAUUUGUCACCCAGUCACUUGUAGCAGCUAACAGGUAAAAGAAAGCAUGUCAUGGGUUUAUAUUUGCAAGGUGGUUAUAAAUCCAGCUCAGAAUGUGCUUGAUGAUUAAAAGUUAUUUGAUAAUGAGUAUUUUUUUUGUCCUUUUUUUUGGUCAAACCUAUGAGCUGUAGCAGGUUUCAGCCACUCUGUCUUGUACUCUAUAUGAAAUUAUUCAAACAGAAAGGCUUAAUAAAGCAGAAACUAUUAGGUAAGAUUGAAUUAUUAGCCAUUUUUCUCAUUGCAAAAAAAGCAAAUGUUGAUGUUGUUUUAAAGAUUUCUUUAUUUUCUUGUUAUUUAUUUUAAGUUUUAUUAAACCAGGAAAACCUUACUGAAAAGUUCUCAAACAUGGCCCUGUGUAUCCGAGAGGAAAGUUUACAGCCUCUGGAGGUUACUAACGUUUGAAAUGAUGUCAUGAUUUGUCCUCUACGCAGGUCCACGGUCGACGGUAGCUUCAUCUUUCUUUUGCCUUAAUCGCUAAAGCUUUGAAUGUACCAUCCCGUGCAUUCCUCCUCUACAUGUACCAUUUUAAGCCUUUUUUUACUUUCCUCUUGUUGCAGAUAUCAUUUCACUAAUUUUUCAAAAAUGUUAGUGUAGCUGUGAAGCCUUUUGUUUGUUUGUUUAAUCUUUGUAACUGUCAUGAGAUCAAAAUCCAGCUGUUGGCUUGGUUUCACGAACACUGCCUGACUUAUUUUGGACGACCUUGUAUAAAGCUGUGUGACAUGUACGCCGUUCAUACUGAUUCUGUUUGGGUCAAAUAAGAAUUUAAGUUUCUAAAUGCUGGAUUGUGCUUUUCGUGAACGAAGGAGGUUAAAAACAACAACAAAAAAGACACAUCCCAGUAAUAUUUGACCUGCCUUUGUGAAGUCGAAUCAUUUCAAGUGGAAAUUUGCAUUUUGUGUGUGUGUGUGUGUUUUAAACAAGAAGCCAAUAAUUUGUGAGAUUAUGGUCGAGUUUAAAAUAAAAAUGUUGAUCUUGCCGUUUUA